AUGGCGGAGCUCCGGCUCACGUUCCUCGCAGCUUUGCUUCUCUCCAUUGCUGCCUCGACGGCGUCUGCUCAGAACCCCCCGUCAUCUACCUCUCGCUUCGUUCCGGCCGACAACUUCCUCAUCAACUGCGGCGCCUCCGCCCCCGUCGCAAUGCCCGACGGUCGCAGCUUCAAAACGGACGCUCAAUCCUCCCCAUUCCUCUCCUCCACCGACCAAAUCCUCGCCUCCAUCCCCUCAUCCUCCGGCAUCCCUUCUCCUCUCUACCUCUCCGCUCGCAUCUUCCGCGACGCCGCGACAUACGUUUUCCAGCUCUCACGCCCUGGUUGGCACUGGAUCCGCCUCCACUUCCUCCCCAUUUCCUCCCCCGAUUUUGACCUUACCCGUGCCGUCUUCUCCGUCACCACCAACGAUUACGUUCUCCUCCACAGCUUCUCCAUCGAUGAACCAUCGAAAUGGAUCCUUAAGGAGUUCCUCAUCAACGCUACUAAAGAUCGCCUCUCCCUCCGUUUCGCCCCGAUGCGCAGGUCCGCAGCGUUUAUCAACGCCAUUGAAGUCGUCUCUGCACCCGACCUCCUCGUCGCAGACUCCGCCUCCUCUCUCUUUCCUGUUGGCGAGCUCUCCGGAGAUCUCUCCGACUACGCUUACCACACAGCCUACCGUCUCAACGUCGGCGGCACCACCCUCACCUCUGCUAAUGACUCUCUCGGCCGCUUAUGGUCCCCCGAUCACGCUUAUCUUUUCUCCAAAUCCACCGCAAAGUCUAUCUCCGUCGAGCCCAAUGUUGUAGAGUAUCCUGACGGCGGAUCACCGCUCAUCGCGCCGCCGAUCGUCUACGCCUCCGCCGUGCACAUGGCUGACGCGGGCGUAGAAAGCCCUAAUUUCAACGUUACAUGGCAGCUUAACGUCGAUUCCUCCUUCAGCUACCUCGUUCGCCUCCAUUUCUGCGACAUUAUCAGCAAAUCCCUGAACGACCUUUAUUUCAAUGUUUACAUCAAUGGCUUAACCGCCAUCUCUGGUCUUGAUCUCUCCACCAUCUCAGGCGGGCAGCUCGCCACCGCUUACUACAAGGACAUUGUCCUGAACGCCUCUAUCGCUUCCGACCGCAUCACCAUCCAGAUUGGACCCAUGAGGGAAAACAAUGGUCGCACCGAUGCCCUACUCAACGGCAUUGAGGUGUUCCAGAUGAGCAAUUCAGUCGGAAGUCUCGACGGUGAGUUCGGCGUCGACGGCUCCAAGAUCGACGGCAGCGGUGUCUCGUAUCGGAAAACGGUUGCGGCCGUAGGGUUCGCGAUGAUGUUCGGCGCAUUUGCAGGGCUUGGUGCCAUGGCGGUGAAGUGGUAUAAGCGACCUCAGGACUGGAGGAAGCGCAAUAGCUUCUCCUCAUGGCUGCUCCCUAUUCACGCAGGUCAAUCAAGCUUCCUGACUAGCAAAGGUGGAAGCGGACGUGCUGGAUUCGGCUCCAAGAACGGGCACACCUUCUCCUCCUCCCUCGGCCUCGGCCGCAUCUUCUCUCUCGCCGAUCUGCAAGAAGCUACGAAGAACUGGGACUCCAACGCCAUCAUCGGCGUCGGUGGAUUCGGUAAUGUCUACAUCGGAGAGCUUGAUGACGGAACGAAGGUUGCAGUCAAGCGUGGUAACUCCAAGUCGGAUCAGGGUGUCAACGAGUUUCAUACAGAGAUCCAGAUGCUCUCCAAGCUCCGUCACCGCCACCUCGUCUCACUCAUCGGCUACUGCGACGAAAACUCAGAGAUGAUUCUUGUUUACGAAUACAUGGCUAACGGACCCUUCCGCGACCACAUCUACGGUAAAGAUCUCAAGCCAUUGACGUGGAAACAGAGACUCGAUAUCUGCAUCGGUGCAGCGCGAGGGUUACACUACCUCCACACCGGAACCGCACAGGGGAUCAUUCACCGCGACGUUAAGACAACUAAUAUCCUCCUCGAUGAGAACUUCGUCGCUAAGGUGUCGGAUUUUGGGCUGUCGAAAGAUGCGCCGGGAAACCAGACCCAUGUGAGCACGGCGGUGAAGGGGAGCUUUGGGUACCUUGAUCCGGAGUACUUUCGCCGGCAGCAGCUGACGGAGAAGUCCGACGUUUAUUCCUUCGGUGUGGUUUUGUUCGAGACCUUAUGUGCUCGGCCGGCACUGGAUCCUGCGCUGCCGAGGGAGCAGGUGAACCUCGCAGAGUGGGGGAUGCAGUGGAAGAGGAAGGGUUUGAUUGAAAAGAUCAUUGAUCCGCAUCUUCUCGGCACCAUUAACAGUGAUUCGCUGAAUAAAUACGUGGAAGCUGCGGAGAAAUGCUUGGCGGAGCACGGAGUUGACCGGCCGUCCAUGGGAGACGUGCUCUGGAACUUGGAGUACGCUAUGCAGCUGCAGGAAGCGAAUCCUCCGGCUGCGGCCGUGACUGCUGAAUCGAUUCCGUUGAAUGAGGAAGAAAAGGUGAAGGGGAAGGAAAAGGAGGAACAGGAUGGGGAUAAAGAUGAUCUUUUAUCCCCAGUUAAGAGGACGCCGCCGCCGCCCCCCCCCCUCGCCGGCGGUGAGCGAAGACUCGAGCACGGCGGUGGCGAACGAGCUUUUUGCUCAGCUGGUGGGAAUGAAGGGCAGUCUCUGAUUAAGCCAAUAAGUGAUAACGGACGGCUGUGA